AUGGGGCAAGGCGAGUUUGUUCAUGCGCAGGCCUCGGGGAUUGACGCGACUGCCGCCAAUCCUGACGAGCAACUCCGUUAUAUCCGUCAAUAUGAGCGCAUUGUACAGUUGCGACAUGCCGUGUUAGCAGGACUUCAUCCCACGAUUAAACUUCCUCCGGGGGUGGCCCCUGUGUCGCGGACACAGUCGACAUCACAUUCGAGAGAUGCUACGCAGACGCCGUGCGAGCCGCAGGCCGGUGUGCAGCACAGCCACCAAUCGGCACCCCGCGAGACGUCGUUACCGGAUGUUCCGUCCGCCGCGAGUGCACCUGAUGUGUUGGAAGCUAAGAGGUCAUACGGCUCUGGGAGCACUGAGAUCAACCCCAUCUUGUUGGAAAAGUCGGCUGAGCUGGUCAAGGCUGAGUUCCGGUUGCAGAGGCAGAGGCUGGAGCGGGACCUCAAAGUCGAGUUCGAGCAGCGUCGCGGCCUCAAGCAGUCGAGGGCGGAAGCCCUCGUCGACUAUGAUAUUGCCGAAGUUCUUGGCAAGGCGCUUGAGCUCGUCCCGGCGGCUGCUACGCCUCCGGCAGGCCCGAGUGCCAGCUUGGCUACUAACGAUGAAGCUGCUAGUGACUCCUUCGAUGACAACACCUUUUACUCGUCGAAGCAUGCCACUCCUGAAUCACGUCCCGCCUCCCGAAUCCAACCCUCACCCGAAGAGGUUCGGCGGUCGGCCAUCCCCGGUCUGCAGUCCAGCCAGGUACCGGUACCCCGUUCCAGGGAAUCCGUUCAAGAUCAUCUCCGUGGCCGUGAACCCUACGCCAACGACGCGGUCUCUGCCACACAAACGGUUCAAUCCCAACCAGAUUCUACUGAUCCGUCGAAUAAUGCUGGGCUGUUCCGAGUGCCCGGCCUGAAUAAUUACACAAACGGAUACAACACGGCCAAAGCUCAAGCAGGCCAUCCGAGCACUGGUGCAGAACAGAGCCAGUCGAGAGCCUCGUUCAACGCCGAGCCCAUUGGUAACGGCGGCUACGCAGCAAACAAAGCUGCCGCUGCUGCCGCUGCUGCUGCUGGCCAACAUCAGGGCAACGCCUCUCUUGAUACCCACCCCCCCUCCCCCCUUAUACGCACUCAUGACAUGAUACCAGUUGCGCCCCAGCCUGCUCCGUACACGACCUAUGCUGUAGAGCAGCAGCUGGAACGGGCGGUAGAUCAGGGCAUUGCCGCUGCAAGAGGAGCACCAGCCCAGGUGGCUGCUCUGAGGAACGAGCCCAUCACUCGCCAGAGACAAGCCAACAGACAGGAGGUUGAGGUGGUGGCUCAGAAUGGCCCAGCCCCCGUAGCCAACACGCAGCCUCUGGCUGAUGGGUCGCGGCCGUACCAGGGUGUCCCGAUGGCUGGCGAAUAUGGGCCUCCUGGGGGGCCUCCCGGCGGGCCACCGCAACGGGCAGCGAGUACCACGGUUGUUGGCGACGGCCGGUACGCCGGCGGGGUAUGUGUUGAGGAGCGGAGACCCGUGGACGAGACGUAUAUCCGACAUGCCUCUCCCAGAUACAUCCAACAACCGCUACCUGGCUCAGCUCACCCCCCGCGGCCAGUGUCGCAAGUUUAUCUGGACGACAGUUACCACGAGAGUCCGCAUGCUUUGAGGGAGCCUUACGACGUGGGUCGCAUGGGUGGAGGGCCCUACGUCGGGCAGCCGAUGCCGCCAUUGCCGCCAACAAGGAUCUUUGUUGACGCAUUUGGGCGCGAGUACAUUGAACCUGGCCGCCCCCCGCUGCGUCAGUCCAUAGCUCCGACACCAUCGCAAGGCCCAGAGAUCGUGUACGAUCGGCCCUCGACUCGGGCCCUCUCGCGACACCCGGGUGCUACGUCGGUACCAUAUGAAGACGGUCGCGGCGUUGUCUACGCACGUGCAGCAUCGGCAUUUCCGGGACCGCGACGCGUGAUGACGCAGCCCGAAUACGCGUCGCAGGAUUUCCGUGACGGACGGCCAAGGGAGUACUCGGUGCGGCCGGCAGUCCCGCAGACAGAAUACGUCCAGGUGAUGGCACCCCCUCCUGAGCAGUGGACUGCCGGCGCCGAAGGGGAGUAUCCCCCGAGGACGGUGAGCACUCGCCCACCGAUGGACCCGGUACGGUAUGAGGUGCCUCCGGGCUACGGCGGCUACGCGACCGGUAGUGUGUACCCAGAGGCGCGACGUGAACCGUACAUGGUCGAAUACGCGGGGCAGCGUCCACCGCCACCGCCGCCAGCAACGCUGGAGCAGCAGCCGCCACAGCAGCCGGUAUAUCAACAACGUGCAUACAGCACCCGUCCGGUCGAGCCGCAGUACUACGGCCCCGGGGCGGAACAGCUACCUCGCGGAGUGGAGAACGUUGGGUUUACUGAGCACCCACGUGGUGCCGCUCAGGAGGUUGUAUAUCCAGAUAAUGCCAGAAGGGAAGUCUACCGGUAA